GCAGUUACUCAAGGACCACGGGGGGGGACAGACGUGCGCGCGUGUGUGCCCCCGUGACCGUGUGCGUGUGAUGUGUGUGUACCAAGCCAUGUAGACCUCCGCCCCGACCCCCCCCUUUCCUCCCCCACACGUACACAGGACCCCUUAUGUGCGUCUUUGGCCCCGUGGAGAAGGAGGAGAGAUGUCAAGACGUAAACAGAAAUUUCCUCUACAUUUAAAGAAUGAACAGACGGAUGGAGAAGAAGGAAAAGGAGAAGUGGAGGAAACAGAAGAGAUAAUGGAGGUGAUGGAGGAAGAGGAGGAGAGAAAACAUGGAGGAGGAGAGCAAGACGAAAACACCCCCUCCCGCCCCCCCAGCCCCUCCACGCCCCCCAACCUCACCCCCACCACGAUAAUGGAGGGGGGGAGAGUACCUCAGAACGGGGAGGUGGUCAUGCUGGGGGGGUUAAUGGGGAAGGGGGAGAGAGACAGCCCCCCCAGACCCCUCACCCCCUCCAACCCCCCACCUCACGCCCCCACCACAGAAUAUAGUGCCAAAAGGGGGCGCGUCUCCCCAACACGUGCCAUAAGCGUUAAACGGAGUGCCAAGAUUAUGCAGGAAGAGGAGGAGGAGGAGGAGGAGGAGAGGUUAUGUGUGAAGGAGGAGGAAGAGGAGAGAGAGGAGGAGGAGGAGACUGCAAACCGUGCCAUUGUGAGAAAGAGGAAGAUGGAAGAGGAGGAAGAGGAAGAAGAGGAGAGAAAGAGGAGUGCCAUUACAAAGAAGUGGAGGAAAGAGGAGAAGGAGGAAGAGGAGGAACGAAGGAAGAGAGAGAAGGGGCAGAGUGGUGGAUCAUCUCUCUCCUCUUCUUCCCUUACCUCCUCCUCCUCCUCCUCUUCCUCUUCCUCUUACAUCUGUCCAGUGUGUCAAGAGGCCUUCAAGAGUAAGAGGUCAUUCAACGCCCACAUACUUGUUCAUUGCCAGCUUGUGAAUGGAGCACUAGUGGGGGGCAAGAGAGCAGCACCACCCCCACCCCCCACCAUCGCCCCACACCCCUACCCCCACGCCCCCUCCUCCCCCGCCCCCCACGGCAAGAGGCGCGGGAGGGGGGAGGACGCCGCUACGAUAGUCAAGUUUAUAAGAGGAAGAGAAGAAGAGGAAGAGGAAGAAAAGAGGAGAGAGGACAAGGAGCAGAUUAAGAAGGAGGAGGAGGAGGAGGAAGAAGAGGAGCGCCAUGAAGUGGAGGAGGAGGAAGGAACUGGAUUGCCUUUGGAUUUAAGUUGGACUGGAGGAGGAGGAGGAGGAGGAGGAAGAGGAAGAGAUGAAGAAUAUGAAGAGGAAGGGAUCAGAGGAAGUGGAGAAGGUGGAGUUUUAGGGACAAAAUCCUACCCUAACCCACUCCAGCACUACUCCAACCCACUCCACGUCCUCCAGAACCCACUCCUGGCAACGUGGAGGCCUGUAACCCACUCUGGCGAAUCACUCCACCACCGCCACUCCGCCGAAAGCAUAAACGGAACGGCUCACCACCACCCCAGCAACAACCACCUCUACUCCACCAAGAGCCACCACGGUCACCACUCACCCACGCCACUCCUCUACCACUCCGCCUACUCUCACCCACUCCCCGAUCGCGGUCCGCUGGAGGAUGAGAACGACAACUUGGUCAACGAGGCGAGAGAGAAAGAGAAGGCGUUCCUUGAUUUGACCCAGAACGAACAGUAUUUGACGGAGGAUUCGACUGGCCUGGACCCCCCGCCCCCCCUCCCUCUCUAUGGGGCAGGAGGAGCGGUGCGAAGGGUUAGGGUGGGGGGAGAGGAAGGCGCGCCCCCCAUGGUCUACAGUGUUCGGUUACAUGCUGAACAGGUUCUUGUGACGAGGAUCCUGGGGGUGAAUGACGAGACUGGCGACAAGAUGGAGCUGUACAAAUGCUUCAUCUGCCGAGUGGCCUUCCCCUCGGUGACGCGCCUGCAAGCCCACCUCUCCCAGCACAAGCAGCGGUUCGUGUGCUCCAAAUGCAACUUCUCCUGUGACUCGAGGGUGACCUUCUCCUCACACGUCCAGCGGGAACACCUCUCCGACACCAUCAUCCGGUACCCCCAGCCGCCCUCAACCCCCGCCACCUCUGCCGAUGUGAUGGAUGGUGGUAUGGGUGUCGGGGGGGUGAGUGUGACAGUCAUGGGCGGUGGUGGUGGUGGCAGCGGUGGUUCAAUGGGAUCAGUUUACCUGUCGCCUGCUGUGGAUUUAACACCUGCCUCUGCUGCUUCGGUGCUGCCUACUGGUGUGAGGGACAGUGAAGACAGCCAUCAGGGCAGGGCUGGGCAGUGCCUGGACGACCCCACCAGCGCCGAGAACACAGUGACCGUCGCGGCGCUCCUCUCGGCACUCCGGGAGAAGCAGCGUGGGGGUGGCGGGGUAGCGGGGCGGGGCGGCGGCGUAGGAGGUGGAGUCAGCCCCGGGUCACCGCAAAUUGACGAGGAAAAUGAGGACGAGAACAUGAGCAGCGACGACUCAUACCCGCGAUCGCCUGGGUGUGAGGGUGGCGGGGGUAUGGGUGUAGGGGGGGUGGGGGUGGGCCGAGCAGGGGAGGAGGUCUUCAAGGUGUAUCGGUGCCGUUUCUGCGGGAAGAAAUUCGAGCGUGCGUUCUCCUGCAACCGUCAUGAGCGCGUCCACACGGGGUACAAGCCGUGUUUCUGCCGGGUGUGUGGGCGUGGAUUCUCCGAGCCGCGCAACCUCCGCCACCAUGUCAUCCGCUUCCACAGUGACGGAUCGCUGCGCCACCUCAUCAAGCGGGACAGGCGGAAGAAGGGCGACGAGGACCUCGCGGCGAGCUUCACCGCUGCCGCCAGCCCCCAGAGUAAUCCCAGCCUCACCCCGGGAAGCCUGACCUCACAAGCCAUCACCGUAGCAAGCAUGACGGUGAAGAAUGCCCUCACCCUCAGCGCUAAGAUUCCUCCCUCCACCGCCCCUGCCACCACCACCAUGCCCCCUGUCCUGGCACCCCCCUCCCCACCGUCACCCCCGCCGGCUCCCCCACGCCCCACCCCAGAAGCCAGGUUCAAAGACGUGCUUAAGGAAACUGCGAAUAAAUUAAUAUCGUCGUCCAACAUCGACAUCUCAAGCAUGUCGGGGAAGAGUCCAGGCCUGGAGAUUUCUCUGACGGGGGGGAAGGCUGUGCAUGGCUCCCCCCCCUCCUCCUCACCUCCGCCCCCCACCUCCACCAUGGCUGCUGCUGUGUCAUCCCCUGGCAACACCACAGCUGCAGCAGCUGCAGCCGCCGCCGCUGCUGCUGCAGCUGCUGUCACGACGUACACCACCAGCCUGACCAAGAUUAUCGCUGCCUCGCUGGACAACACAACGCGGACCACCCCAACACCAACCUCGAUCAGCACCCUCACCAACACCACCAAAAACAACAUCAACAACAGCAGCAGCGGUGGCAGCAGAAUCGCCACCACCAUCACUGCUCUCGGGGUAGAAAGUGCGGUCGAUCCAGGGAAUUUCCGGGGACAGGACCUGGAACCCGGGGAAAUACGUUUGGACAGAAGGGCGAGGAUAGUGGAUGAUGCAGAAGGCGGAGGAAGGAGGCUAGUGGUGGAGGAGGAGGAGGAGAUGGACCACUCGCCACACUUCUCAAACUAUGCUCCGAGGCUACACAUCAUCCAGGAGCCAUUGGAACGCGACAAGGCAGUGGUGCCGAUAACAGAUGACAUUGGCCGCACCUUCUUCCAGUGCCCUUACUGCCACAAGCUCUUUGGCAGCACCUCGGACAUGAACAGGCACCUCGACUUUCAUGAAGACCUGCGCCCGUACAACUGUGAGUACUGCGACUACUCGGCACGAACCAACAGCCAGCUGAAGGUUCACAAGAUGAGGCAUGAAGGCAUCAAGUUGUACAGCUGUGACGUGUGUAACUACAACGGCGUGACGCAGAGUGACCUCAACCGACACAAGAAGACGCAGAGCCACAUUGCGCGGAGCCAGAACAUCUGCGCCAUCUGUGGACUCGGCUUCUACACGGGCUCACAAAAACAGGUCCACAUCGUCCAGUGUCACCCCGAGAUGGAGGGCGCCUCGUCCCUGAUACAGAUGAGUCUGGGCCCCCCCGUGGCUCCCCUCCUUGGCCCCCUUCCCCCAGUGGCCCUGCCGACCGCCACCAUCAUCACCUCCACCACUACUGAUGACGAUGAUGGUGAUAGUGAUGGUGACUGUUCUGCUACCACUACUACUACUACUCCUGCUAUUACCGUUUCUGGUGCUGCUACAAAGAACACACAUACAAACACACAUGCACACAUACACUCUCCUCCUCCCCCUCCUCUUACACCCAUACCUACACAAACUGCUGCUGUGUGAGUGUAAAUAUACCUACAUACACUUGCACAGACACAUACAUACGCAGUAAUUAUUAUGUAUGCAGUCUUUGUACAAAUAGUGAUUAUUACUGACUUUAUUAUUAUUUUUAUUAUUAUCAUUAUUACUGUGAGAGAAGAGAAAGAGAUAGUUGGGGGUAAAGGAAAUAGUUAUGUGUACACCAAGCUAUGUAGUCGCUUUUGUGUGUGUGUGUGUGUGUGUGUGUGUGUGUGUGUGUGGCAUGUUUGGGUUUGCAGAAAGAAAUUUGCAAAGAAAAAAAUCUUCAAAAUCUGAAAGAACAACGGAAAAAAAAGGAAUCGAUAGUGUUUUUUUGUGUAUUUAAUUAGUGUGUGUGUGUGUGUGUGUGUUUUGUAUUAUGAAAUGGUUACAGUGUUAGGGGAAAAAAAUAUGAUUGACUUGAAUACUUAUGAAAAAAAAUAAUGCAAUGCUUGAAAUAAAAAAAAAAUACUGAUUGUGUGUGUGUGUGUGAGAGAGAGAGAGAGAGAGAGAGAGAGAGAUGAAUGUUUAAGGGAAAAAAAUGAAAGUUGAUAAAGAAAGAAGAAAGGAAAGAAGUGAAGAAGGAAAGAGGGAAGAAAAAUAGGAUAGUAAAGAAGAGAGAAAAGAAGGAAGGAAAAAAAGAAGGAAAACAAAAAGUAAAGGAACAGAUAAAGGAAACAAAUGAACAAUCAAAUACCUCUUAAAAAAACAAGAAUCACAGCAAACUCGUCUUUCUGUACAAACAAACAAACAGGAAAAGAAACGGAGGAGAAGAUGAAGAGAGAGGCAAAAAAUAAACACUUAGAGAAACACAUACUUUCAAGAGAGAGAGAGAGAGAGAGAGAGAGAUGGUGCUCUUUUCAAAACACAUUCCAUAGACGUUCAAGAAGAAAAGAAGAAAUAACUCAGGAACGUGUGUGUGUGUGUGUGCGUGCGUGUGCGUGUAGGUGCAAUAUAUGGUCACGUCUGCUGUUUUUAUUGCUAUUUAUUUCUGUGUAUUUCCUCUUCCAUAAUGCUCUCCUCUACCUUCCCUUACACACACACACACACACACACACACACACACACACACAGUAAAUCAGGUAUAUUUGAUUACAAUUUUUGGAGUUGAAAGAAUGUACAUAAAUAUAUAUUAGAGAGAGAUUCAUUACAUAUAUAAGUAAAAGUUGCUACUACUAUUAUUAUUAUUAUUAUUAUUUUUAUUAUUAUUAUUAUUAUUAUUAUUAUUAUUAUUAUUAUUAUUAUUAUUAUUAUUAUUAUUAUUAUAGGCAUUAUUUAGUUUUAAGUGUUAGUGAAGCUCUGUCCAGUAUAAACAAACACAGUAAGAGAGAGAGAGAGAGAGAGAGAGAGAGAGGUGCCAAAGUGGGGUUAUUUCCAUUAUUAUUAUUAUUAUUAUUAUUAUUAUUAUUAUUAUUAUUAUUAUUAUUAUUAUUAUUAUUUGUGGCUAUUACUACUACCACUACUAUUUUUUCCCUGAUAUCUGGUGCUAAUGUGUGUGUGUGUGUGUGUGUGUGUGUGUGUGUGUGUGUGUGUGUGUGUGUGUGUGUGUGUGUGUGUGUACGACUGAAUAGAAUCUCACUUUGCUGUUGUUAUUAUUGGCAUUACGAAGAUGAAGACAGAGUUACCAGUUGUUGCAUUCCAGCCUUAUUAUCAUCUUAAUUAUUAUUUUUUAUCAUCACUAUUAUUACUAUCACACCUGUUGUCGUUGGCUUGAGUGGUCGUAGCGCGUCGUUAGGGAUCGUUAAGGAUAGCUAGGCAUAGUUAGGAGGUCGUUAAGGAGUAAUUAUUAUAGUGAUUGUUGUUGUGGUGAUCUGCUUGUGUGCUCGGCGUGGUGGGUAUUAUUAUUAUUAUCAUUAUUAUUAUUAUUGUGUGUGUGUGUGUGUGUGUGUGUGUGUGUGUGUGUGUGUGUGUGAAGCUGCUAUGCCUCUACGCCUUUAGGAUAAAACGUACAAACACAGAUGGUCGCUUCCACUGUGAAUGCAAACACAAAUUAUUAUCAUUUUUAUUUUUUAUUAUUACCAUUAUUAUCAUUAUUAUUUCAAAGCAUAAGCGUUCAUUUGACUCCAUGUGAUCGGAAUCUCUGUUGGAUGUAAACAUAGACUCACAAAGAUACUCAGACCACACAGACCCUACAGCAAAGACCAAGGAUAGGAGACAAGGGAGACCAAAGAUAAGAAACAACAAAAGAGAACAAAGAUAAGAGAUAUGAGAGACCAAGGAUAAGAAACAAUAAGAAAGGCCAAGAAUAAAGCCAGAAUUUUUUAACCCCUUGGAUGCAGAUUUCCUACAAGAAGACAUCACCAAGCUACAGGAGUGGAGCAACAAGUGGCUGCUACAAUUCAUUUAAGAAAAAUGUAAAGUCAUGCACCUUGGGAGGGGAAAUCCAGCAUACCAGUACCACAUGGGAAACACUCCACUAGCCACCACAGAGGCAGAGAAAGACCUGGGAGUGUAUGUUACCAGGCUACCAGUGAAGGCCAAAUCCAGCAUGCCAGUACCACAUGGGAAACACUCCACUAUUCACCACAGAGGCAGAGAAAGAUCUGGCAGUGUAUGUUACCAGGCUACCAGUGAAGGCCAAAUCCAGCACACCAAUACCACAUGGGAAACACUCCACUAUCCACCACAGAGGCAGAGAAAGACCUGGGAGUAUAUGUUACCAGCUUACCAGUGAAGGCAAAAUCCAUGCCAAUUGCAGUGGAGGGGUUAAACAGCAUAUUGGUAUUUAUUAACAGUUAUGUAGCUCAUUUGUCUUUUGAUGUGCAUAUUUGGGAUGGAGCUAGAAGUGCUGGAUUUUCUCGGAGUUAAGUCAAUAUCUUAGAAAACUCAUUCGUAAAAAAAUAUGUAAAAGAAAAAUCAGUAAGACCAACUAACCAAACUUUUGGGUUCCAGUUGAAAAGAAAAGCUCGUUAAAUCAGUGAAUUGUUGCGACAGACAGAGAGAGAGACGGACGACAAGUAGAUGGAUGAAUGUAUAGAUAAGAAGAGAGAGAGAGAGAGAGAGAGACGACAAGUAGAUGAAUGAACGUAUAGAAAAGCAGAGAGAGAGAGAGAGAGAGAGAGAGACGACAAGUAAAUGGAUGAAUGUAUAAAUAAGCAGAGAGAGAGAGAGAGAGAGAGAGAGAGAGAGAGAUGUAUAGAGACUGACAGAAAAAUAAAAAGGUACGUAAACAGAUAGAUGCAAAGAUAUAAAAUGAUACAGACAGACGGUUACACACAGUCAAAUACAGGUAGAUGAAUACACAGACACAAUCUAUAACCAUUCCUUAGAAACUUAACAAAGGGGCAUUAGACAACUCUGGGCAUUCAUUACCAUUAUUCCCACUUUUGUUUAUUGUGUGCUAUCCUUUGAAACACCAUUGAUAAGCCUACAGGAAAGAAUAUGUAUGUAUGUAAGGAAGCAUGUUUCUUUAGCCUAUGUAUGUGUGUAUGUAGAUGUGUGUGUGUUUUCCAAGCCGGCGUCUCCCUAACACAUGUUCUGGCGUCUCUUGGGGGUGUUCUGCCUUUAGGAGGAUCUCGGGCGGGGUGGUUCUCCUUUCUCACCGUGAUAUUUGUCUAUUACAUUUUACUCAUUACAUUUUGUCUGACAUAUUUGCCUAUUGCUUUUAUAUUUUCGCCUGUGUAAAGUCACUGUUUCUCUCUCCUCUGUAUCGUCCUGCUGUUUACCUUAUGAAAGUGCUGCAUGUUUCCUUACUUCCAUAUUUUAUUAACUGAUUAAACUGUGUAAACCCAGUCCGCUCCUCUUUCCUCUGUCUCACCAUGAUCUUUUUCUUCAUGUUCUUUUUUUCUUUUCUUUUGCAUGUUCUUUUUUUUCUUCUACUUCUACUAUUUCUACUACUAUUACUAUUACUGCUGCUGCUUUUUCUUCUUUUUCUUCCUCAUCUUCAUAUUUUCUUUACCUUCAAUCUUUUUUUUAUUAUGCUCCAUCUUCAGUCUUCUUCAUAUUCUUUUUUAUCUUCAAUCUUUUCCAUAUUCUGUUUCAUCUUCAGUUUCUCUUCCUUCAUAUUCUUUUUCAGCUUCAAUCUCUUUCAGCUUCAGCUUCUUUUCCUACAUAUUCUUUUUCAUCUUCAAUCUUUUUCAUAUUCUCUUUCAUCUUCAGUUUCUCUUCCUUCAUAUUCUUUUUCAGCUUCAAUCUUUUUCAUAUUCUCUUUCAUCUUCAGCUUCUCUACCUUCAUAUUCUUUUUUCAUCCUCAACGCUACCAAUAGACGCCAGAACAGGUGCUUGCUUGCGUGAGGCCGGCCCAAGACUGUACAUAUAUAACCUAACCCUCAAGCCAGGUGUUCCGUGUAAGUUAGUGAACGUUUAGUGCGUACGGACGUCAUAGUUAACGGAAGAAACACAAUAGCCUUCUUAGGGAGUACUGAUGAUGAUGACGAUGAUGGUGUUACUACUACUACAACUACUACUACUACUACUACUACUACUACUAUUACUACUGUUGCUGCUACUACCAUUGUGUAUGUACGUAAUACUUUCAAAGGAUACCUCAUUAAAAACACAUUAAUUUUACUAGUUGUGGCUAUUACUGUGUGUGUGUGUGUGUGUGUGUGUGUGUGUGUGUGUGUGUGUGUGUUGUUUACAUUCAUGCAAUGGUUGGUUGAGUUUGUUGUUGAUGUAAAUUUUCUCGAGAUGGUUUAAAAUGUGACUUGUGUGCCAAACUGCCUCUAUUAUUAUCAUUAUUAUUAUUAUUAUUAUCAUCAUUAUUGUUAUUAUUAUUAAGGUUAUAUGUCAAUCACCUGUGUGACAAUUAUGCAGUAUAGGCUAAUGAAGGUAACUUUCAUUAUUAUCAUUAUUAUUUAUCAUUGGUAUUUAAUAAUUAUUGAUUUUACCUUUGAAUUACUACACGUCUUCCUUGCUUUAGUGAGUUUAACAUUAUUUUUUUAAACCAUACAAAAGACUGAAAGAUUGAUGUGAUAUUUUGUUGGUGAAAUAGCCUAUGUUACAACAUCAAUAUUAUUAUCAUUAAGUAUUAUUAUUGGUGCAAUUGUCAUUUAAUUAUGGUUAUUUUUUUAUGAUUAUUGUAAUUCAUUGUUAUUACUGUUGUUAUUAUUAUUAUUAUUAUUAUUAUUAUUAUUAUUACUCUUAAUAAUUUUGAGAAUGUGAUGCAUCGUAUGUUUGUGUGUGCCUGUGUCUUGUUCAUUAUUAUUAUUAUUAUUAUUAUUAUUAUUAUUAUUAUUAUUAUUAUUAUUAUUAUUAUCAGUGCGAGACUUUACAAUGGUGCAGAUGAAAGACAAUAAAGAGAAAUAUGUAU